AUGUCGACGGGCUCGCCACAGUGCUCGACUUCGUCGCCGAGCAACGAGAAAUCGUCGAAACCCGCGACACCGGCGUCGGUGACACCGAGCGACAUGCCAUCGACAAGUCAAGAGUACAAGGAACAGAACAGCUCAGCAUCUCCGGCGCUCGCCCGAUCUGUGCCUUCUAGUCACGAGGCAACCUCCCCUCCGGAGGCGGCCGCUGGAAAUGUUGAGCAACCAAAUGCCGACUUUUAUUAUUUCACGACUGAAAUGGCGAAUCAAGCAGUUUUGGACAUCGAGCAGGAGAAGGAAAAAUUUGAAACACUUCUUCAGUGGAUUCGAACCAAAAAAGAGGAAGAAGCUUGCGAGGCGUUAGGCGCAAGCCGAGGAAACAGCACAUCGUCGGCGGUUUCGGUAUCAACCGAGAGUUCGGAAAUGAACCGCGGACAAAACGACGCAAGCACUCCAUUAUCGUCGCAACCAUCGUCCCAUCAGAGUUCAUCGGCGCUCAUGCAGUCGUCGUCAGUGCACAAUGGAUUUCCGUACAGUCCGCACUAUCCCGCCUUAGGCGAUGGCGGUCCGGGAUCAGUUGGACCAAAAAUUGACGGAAGUGUUAAAGUGGAACUCGAUGACAUCUCGCCUUCGGUUGAUUCGAAGUUUUUUGAACUUCCUGAUAACCGUCCGAAUUUGAAACGACGUCUAGACGAUGCGGGUCCGAGUGCACCAAUUGAGCCGAAGAUGAUCAAAGUUGAGGAGCCAGAAGAAAAUCCACUAAGACGGCUUGAAAUGAUGUCGGCGGCGCAACAUUUUAAUAAUUCGAGCGUCAUCAACGAUGUCGUCGAAUCGACGUCAGCUGCUUCGAACGCGAAAAAAGAUGAAAGAGCGGCGAAACUCGAAAAACUUGAAGAUAUUAAACGAAGCGUUGAAGAGGAGAUGAUGAUGAAGGAUAUGGAGAUGGCCCGCGAAAUGCAUAUGCGUAAAAUGGCAGCGGGAUCGUCGUUCCCGUCGCCGGGACAGUAUCCAAUGCCCGGCUAUCCGAAUGGACCAAAUGGAAUGCCGCCAGGGUAUCCGCCAAUGCCACCAGGCAUGCCAGGACCUUACUCUGCGGGCGCUUAUGGACCACCACCACCGGGCGGAAUGCCGUACCCGCCUUAUGGAGGUUUUCCAUAUCCUCAUGGAAUGCCUCCUGGAUAUCCGAUGUCUGCACCUGGAAAGAUGCCGUUCCCAUCACCUUCUUAUCCGCAUCAGGCUAUGCCAGGAGCACCGCCAGGUCGAAUGCCGAUGCAUCCAAUGAUGAAUCCACAAUAUGCCGCGCAAAUGCAUGCUCAUCAUAUGGCUCAAAUGGCAAAGGCCGGCGGCAUGUCCCCUGGAGGAAGUAUGCUACCAAUGAAGUCGUCGCCUGCUCAUUCGCCAUUCCCGCCAGGUCAUCCUGCCCAUCAGAAUCCGGCUGCUUUCCAUCAACACAUGAUGAUGAUGAGACAAAACGCGAUGCAACAGGGACCACCACCUUUUGGAUAUAACGGACCACCCAUGCCUGGCCAUCCAGGAAUGGUGACACCUGGUUCAUGCCCACCAAACUCAAUGCUCAUGGUGGCACGACAAAACGGAAUGCCUUCGAUGGAUCCGAACUUGCAGGGCAAUCCGGGGCCAUCGGGAUGGGUGCCCCAGUUGACGCCGUGCUAUCCACCGUCAUUCCCGCCAUCAUCGGCGACUCCGAACAGUGCAAGAGCAACUCCGUCAGCGUCAACGCCUGUCAAAUAG